UCACUUAUAAGACGAUAAUAGGAAAACGAUCUGAAAUCUACAACGAACUAUUUCCGGGGGAAGGUGUCCAGUGUUUUUGUAUCAAGCUCCGACCAACAAGAAUUAUGCUAAAUGCAGGAGCAUGGAAUCUGCUGGUCGUUCUUGUUGUAAUGCUACAGACCCAAACCGUCCACAGUCAAACCUCUAUAUUCAACCUGGUGGUGGAUUUCGGAACUGGGCCAAUACUAGAAGGACAAGGGGGCUUCAAUGUCACAAUUGGUAGAGGAGGGGGGCACCGAACCAUCCACUGUAACAUAUACAGUAACAAGCUCUACUACCACCAGGCCCGUGGUCAAUGGCACGUUUACUGCAACGUUUGAAGAAGAUCAGACACAAGCUGUCAUCACGGUGGAACUUAUCGACGAUCCGAUCCCUGAAAUAAGCCAAGGUUUCGUUGUUACUCUUGUGAGCGCUUCUUCAGGAAGCAUUGGCACCACCUCUUCUCUUUCCUACACCAUCAGAGACGAUGAUCAAGUUCCGAAUCCGUGGUCCGCCUGGGUGGAGGGUACGUGCGGCGGGCCCUGUGACAGCCGUUUCCAAACAGACACACGGACAAGGACGUGUAGUGACUUCAGCGAUGUCUUCAGAGUAAACUGCAUCACAUCUGAUAACAGAACCGUGGCAUGUCCGACAGACUGCACUACUACAACGACGUUGGAACCGACAACGACAACCACGACGGAAGUACCGACAACGACAACAACAACGGAGGCAACGACAACAACAACGGAGGCAACUACAACGACGACAACAACGGAGGCAACGACAACGACGACAACGACAACGACAACAACGGAAGUACCAUCAACGACAACAACAACGGAAGUAGCAUCAACGACAACGACAACAACAGCGGAGGUACCAUCAACGACGACAACAACGGAGGUACCGUCAACAACAACGGAGUUACUGACAGUCACUACAACAACCGAAGCUCCAGAAUGUGAUGCCAGCUGGUCGGAGUGGUCAUGCUGGACUGUGUCCAGACCGUGUUCCGUUACCUGCGGGACGGGUUACCUGUAUGAGGUGAGAAGCCGCACCUGUAGCGUAGACAACGGCUGUAGCGGACUACCCGUGGAGAUGAGGAGAACCAAGUGUCUCAUGCCGGACUGUGAAGAUUGUUAAAGCUUCCAAACAAGGGCGCAGAUCUCAGGCAAAUUCAAACAGCUGGACUCCUUUGUUCUGUAAUAAACUAAUCAUUAACUCGCAUACAUCCUUA